AUGCCUAAAUCCCUCCCUCAUUCAUCCUUACCCUCACUGUCAUGCCUUCCCUAUUUCGACUGUACUGAGCCAGAGUUUUCUUUUACAAAUUCGGAUUCGGUGGAACUUUCUGAAUUAAGUCCAUCGCUCAACCAGGACGAUAAUCCUUUAGCGAUAGUGGAGUUUCGCUCUAUUAAUGUUGAUUACCUUAAGGAAUGGCAGGAUGAGCAGGACUUCAAGAGGUUGAUCGAAGCGGGUCGAUCGUUUUCUCAAAUCUUGAAGCUUCUAUCUGAAGACCCGGGUUUGGAUGCGGAAGUUCAAUUCGAAGAGCUAGCUGCUGAGGUAAAGAAAAAGAAGAAAAAGUCUCCAAGGACAAGGCUGGAAAUGGAACAACAUCGCCUCGGCUCGCUUCAGACCCUCCCCUUGUCCCCUCGGGUGAGGCGAAAGACUCGACGUGUGAAUGAAGGAAGUACUGAGAGCUUGACCGGGAACAUUAGUACUAAAACCCGGAACAGGUUUGCGUCUGUAACAUCAUCAUGA